GCACACGCACAGGCGCGCACACACCCAGACAGACGUGCGCUUUUACGCACAGGCUCAGAAUGGGAUUUUACGCACACAUGCACCGAGAGGAGGGUGCAUGACGCACGGCGCAAUUACACGAACGAAUUUUGGGGGAGAGGUGCACGCGCGUAAAUACCGAAAGAGGGAGAUUAAAGAGAGCAGAUAAAAAUGACAGGUUUGUGUUGUUGGAGACAUUAAAGGUCGUCAGAGUCGCGGCUUGGAGACGGACGGACGGAGAGGAAGAAGCAGAAAAGAGGAUUUGUUGACAAAAUCACCAAGUUGGAGAAGCUCCUCCUCUCCGUGAUGUAGCCGCGAGUCGGAACCUCCUUAAUUACUAAUUUCUCUACAUCCAAGCCACGCUCUCUCUCUCUCCUCCCUCCCUCUCUCGGUCUGUUUCUAUUCUCUCUCUCCACUCCUCCAUCCAUGCAUCUCUCAUCCUGACCCUCCUUUCUCUCUCCUCUCUGUCUCUCUUUCGUUUCCAGCCCGGAUAACGGAGGUGGACGAGCUUGGAGUUGUUGUUAUUUUUUUUCUUAUUAUUUAUUCCUCGUUUUUGGGAGACCCGCCACCGGGCAUGGAGGAUGUAAAAGACCCGCCGACCGUCCACCGGUCCUCCUCCUUCAGUAUCAAGAGCCUCCUGCUGCCCUCCAAGUGCGACAGACCAGACUCCGGUGCGGCGGCUGCUGCCGCCGCCGCAGUCGUCGGCAUCCCCGGGACCUUCUCUCCUUCCCCGGGCUCCGACUCUGAGAAGUCGCUGGACCCACCGGAGGUUGACUCCACGGCUGCGGCUUUGGACCCGGAGAAGCCGGGUAAGGAGGAGCAGGGGGAAGAGGAGGAGGAGGGCGGAGGGGGAGGCGGAGGAGGGGACGGCGCCAAGGCCACGCCGGAGCAGAAUACUAACGGUAGUAACAGCGGGAAAAACGGGAAAUAUGACAAGCCUCCGUUCAGCUACAACGCCCUGAUCAUGAUGGCCAUCCGGCAGAGCCCCGAGAAGCGGCUCACGCUGAACGGCAUCUAUGAGUUCAUCAUGAAAAACUUCCCGUAUUACCGGGAGCACAAGCAGGGCUGGCAGAACUCUAUCCGGCACAACCUGAGCCUCAAUAAGUGCUUCGUUAAGGUGCCUAGGCACUACGACGACCCGGGGAAGGGGAACUACUGGAUGCUGGACCCGAGCAGCGAUGAUGUUUUCAUCGGAGGGACUACCGGGAAGCUCCGCAGGCGCUCCGCCACCUCCCGGGGCAAGCUGGCGAUGAAGCGCGGGCUGCGCUUCGCUCCUCUCGGCUUGGGGAUUAACGAGCGGGCGAACAACCCGCUCUACUGGCAGAUUUCUCCGUUUCUCUCCCUGCACCAUCACCACCACCACCACCCGCACUACAACGGAUCCUCACCCGGGUUUUUGAACCAGGCGGCCGGCUACGGGUCGCUGCUGCCCGCAGUGGAGCAGCUGAGCAACGGGGACCUGGGGCGCUCCAUCCUCGGCGGGUCGGCCGCCGGGGCGCUGGGUUUGACGAACAGUUACGGGAUGAGCACGUCGCCAGUCGGGCUGCUCUCCGGACAGACUGCCGGGUAUUUUGUCUCAGGGACCCAACACGCAGCGGCACCGGGGCCGCCGGGAGGAGGACCGCCUCCUCCGCCGCCGCCGCCGCAUCUCCAGCAGAGCGCACAGGGGUUCGGCGGCCUGGCGACCAGCAGCUCCCCGCAGUCCCUGCUGUCGGACUCCCUCAGAAACAGCUCCCUACCGGCCUUCUCCCCGAGCGUGUCCGCGGGGUUCCCCGGGGUGCUGUCCCAUCAAAAGAGGGUGACCCCAAACGCCUUCCUAAACUGAACUCCCCCCUUGCCCUCACCCUUCUCCCCCAUCACCUCUCCGUGGAUGGCACCGGGACGAGGACGCACAAAAGACGUCAUGUUAAGGGCAAAUAAUAAGUGGUAAAUAUCAAACAUUGAUCGCAAAAAAUAUAUAUGAAGUGACACUUUUUGGCCAUAUUCUGCCCCGAAGAGCAACGGGUUUAUUUUGGUGAUUUUUUUUUGUCGCAUUUGAUUGAAAAAGGGACAAACUUUUGUUACCCGCGGGUUGUACAACUGUAAACUAGACUUGCCAAAGGUAACGCUUUAAGUAUAUUUCAAGCUAUUUAUAUCUUGUACAAAGAUUUUCAGUACUUUCUUUGAGUCUUUUAUUUAUGUUUUGUAUUUAUUGUACAAUGUAUUUAAAUUCUAUUUGUCAAUGUAAACUUAUCAGUAUUGAGGAAAAGGGGGAGGGGAGGGGGGGUGAAAUAAGACAUACAGGGUUAAUAAUUAUUUAUGAAUUUUGAGACAAUCAAGGAGAAAAUGAGACAAUCAAGACUUUUUCUUUUCUCUUUUACUGGGAGGAAAAACUUUUGAAUAAUAAUGAAUAUAACGCCUUAAAAUCAGCAGAAACAAUCAGGGGUUUUGAGAGGAAAAAUAAGCCUACAAAUCAUAUCUCUACUCAGGUGUGACCCCGGACAGGCCUAAUAAUAAUAAUAAUAAUAAUAUGAAUAAUAAUAUGAAUAAUAAUAAAACUGCUCUCCUGUGAAGAGUUUCCUUCCAAAAUAAUGAUAUCCAGGAAUAAAGCAAACGUUUUCCCAACAUGGUAGACCUGUAGUGAAGCUAAAAAUAUCCUGACUGCUGCCUUUGAGUGACAUAAAUGUAGUUUUGGACUUGCCCCUUUAAAUAAAUAAACAAAUAAACAAACACAUAAAUGGAUAUAAAUGUUUUUGGAAUAGAACUCUUCAUGUGUAAAAUUAUGCAAAGCAACGCAGCUGUAACACGAGAUUUUGUAUGUUUUCUGUUCUUCAUCAUCAGAGCCCAGAUUGUCCACUUCACUUCAGUUGUGUGUGUGUGUGUGUGUGCGUGUGCGUGUGCGUGUGUGUGUGUGUGCAGGCCUAUGAGCGUAAAACCUCCUGCGCAUGUGUGCUGAGGGCCACCGUACAAACAACAAACUUCCAAAUUCAUAAGAAAAAAAUAGAACACCACUCUCUCCGCCUCCACCCGGUUCUUAAAGACCCGCUGACCUGCUCUAAUUUCCGGGUACAAGUUCAAAAGUGACCGGCGGAGGAUGGACGGAGGCCUCUGCAUGCUGGAGGUGUUUCUGCAGUGUUUUUUGGGAGGAGGUGAACAAACCGAGCGGCUCCAAACGCGCAUCAGGCCUCUGCAUCACACAUACAUAUAAGGCUGGUGUCAGGUGGAAAACUUGUAUCUCCAGAUUACCAACUUUUUGGGUGGAAACUAAUUUUAAAAAAAUACAGAGCAUUGUGAUUCAUUUAUAACUCUGGAAACAGUUUGACAAAUAAAAUCUUAAUUCCACUUUACCGGAGCUUUCAACCACAUCUCAUGGCCUGCCUCCACAGAUGGGUCAUGCAGCCAAGUGUAGCUACAUUUAUUUUAGCUGGAUGAAUUUUUUAAAAAAAAUUCUCUUGAGGGGUUUUCUUCAAAACGAGUCCGUCACUUGCACAAAAAUCCCCACAAUUGGAGAUACAAGGUUUCCAGCCAACUGCAAUGAUAUAUAUGCAACUUAUUUUGUAUUUUUGGGGAGUAAAAGCUGCACAGUGAGCUUCAAUGGCAUCUUGAAAAGGUGCAUCAGCUGGCCUCAGCAGGGAAGGAAGGCCCGCCAUUUAAAAUCUGACACCGAUAUCAGUGUUUCAUGUGACGAUAUUACCUAUACCGAGGUUUUAGUGCAAAGACAUCGAGGUGUUUUCUUGUAUUUUUGCUUUUUAUUGACACAUUAAAAUUUGAAUUAUGUAGAUUUAUUUUAAACUGUUGAAGGUUUCACAAAGACCCCGCUUUUGUUUUUUGUAGCCCCCCAAAAAUUCAUUUUAUUAUUAUUUAAAUUUUAUUUAGCCGACAUUUAAUUUACAAAAAAGCACAAAGAUGUCUUUUCACUGCAGCCAUGUUUAUUUGGAAGUACUGGUGGUAUGAAUGAUUUAGAUAAAAAAAUAUAUUUUAUUCCUCAAUAAAUAAUUUCUUUGGAAAUAUUCGGUUGCAGCUAGUCAGUAUUAAAUUACAUAACUGACGACACAAACUAGCCUCUGUACUUUUAAAUCAGUAAAAUAAUAACAAAAAUAAUACAAACUCUAACAAUUAGAUAAAGUUUUCUUAAUGAGUAUAAUACAUUUAAAAAAUAAAGAUAAUUGGAAAUACUUUAAUAAAUCUACAUCCACUGAUCUCUUCCUGUUUACAAGGAAAACGUCAAAUCAAAGUGCACAAAAACUUAAAAACACGUCAAUGCAAAUUUUUUUUAUAAGCACACUGAACAAGCAGUAUUUGACUAUCAAAGUAUUGAUCGCUCUGGUAUUGAUCGGUCUAUCCUCAGAUCUCAGGUCAGUGCUGUUUGAGCUCUGAAACACAAUCUGAAUCAAAUAAAAGUUGCCUUUGCAAAAAUAAAAACUAAAGUAGCAGGAGAGAAAACGAGGCAGCAGAUAACGCUGAUGAUAUUUCACAGAGUAGCCAUUUAGGGCCGAUACGUGUCCUGUGUGAGAGCGAUGGUAUCAAAAUAUCAGUAAUAUAAAAACAGGAGAUUUAAGAAAUGAGGAAAAUGUUGAAUUAUGAUGCAAAUUUAUUACAAUUCAAAGAAAUAAAGACAUUAAAAAGAAAUAAAAUCCUGUUUAUGUCAGGCUAAAAUCCUCCACUUACUGCUCGCGUUAAUAUUAAACUGCACUGUUGAAUACAUUUUUUUAAUUGUCUUUUUUAAAAGUCUUUUUUGGGCCUUUAACUGCAAAAAUACAUAUAAUCUUUUGACUGUAAAUGGGCUGCCAGUUGGAUUUAAUUCAACUUGAUUUCAAUUUGAGUCUCUUUAGGUUUUUUUUUAAAAAUUAAUUCCUCCUGUAUUUUCCUGUUGAUAUGGCAAACAGCUGAGCACACAAACAACAAACCAGAAGCUGCUUUCUCCCUCUUUUUUAACUAUUAUUUUUUUUACAGUGCAAGACAGAAAAAGUUAUAUAACCUCUGACCAAAAUAAAAGCCUCCUGAAGCCCAAACAGAAGCUGACCUUGUCAACACACACACACACACACACACACACACACACACACACACACACACACACACACACA